AUGACAUUUAAACGAAGCAAAUACGAUGUUUACUUUCAACGAAUUGGAGAAAUGGCUCACUGUCGAUUGUGUACCAGACAAGUUCGAUGGGCGAAAAACGGAGGGACCAAUUGUCUUCGAUUGCAUUUGGCAUCUCGACAUCCUCAGGAAAUGGAACAGCUCAGUCAUGCGCUAGCAAAACAAACCAGAAGUCCCGAUGAGAGUGGUAUUUCACUAGACUAUACGGCACUAUUUGGACAUGAAGUUUGGGAAACCAGCCACUCUCCGGGAGGAAAUGAAAUUAUUCAACCACAACCAAAAAUGAAAAUAAGUGAACAUGAUAUAUCAGUUAUUGCUAUGAUUUGUGAGGAUCGGCUUCCUGUGACAAUGUUGGAUGGAUCUGGAUUCCGAAAGUUUUUGGAGAAGUUGAGGCCGGGCGUUCAACUCAAAAACGUACCGUACUACAUUCAAAACGUCUUACCAGCACUAUGUGAUAACUUGGAAGAGAAGGUCCAAAUAGAUUUAAUGUUUGCAAACAACGUUUCACUUGUCUUUGAUACAUUCAAGUCGGAUGCUGAUCGAGCUGAACACGUUUCUCUUUCAGCAUACUGGACGAACGUUGAAACAAUGGAACCAAGACAUGCACUGCUUUUCUAUGAAACUGGGCCGGAGUUUUCUGAAAUCAGUUCACCUUUUCUUCAUUCGAAGCUUACAAAAUACGGAGUCCUUCAUAAAAUUAUUGGUUACAUGAGCGAAAGUCAGAGUAUUUCGAAAAUCGAUUGGCUCGAAAAUAGUUCGACAAAAUUACCGAACUUUGAGGAAAUUUUGGACGAGAAUGUUCAGAAAGAACAAGUAACGAUUGCUUCAGUAAUUCUGUUUCAAGACACUGCAUUACCAAAUGUCGUUUUGGAAAGACCGGAUUCUCUUUCAUGGAGAGGACAUCAUGAAAUUCUGAGAAUUCUUUUGCAGAUUUAUGCGAUAAGAAAUUCUAUUAAUUCUUCUGAUAAGGAAAAUCAAAGCUAUACUGAGCUAACCGAAGAAGAAAUGAAAGUAACGAACUUCAUCUACAGUAUACUUGAACAAGUUCAGGAAGCUCAUGAUCAAAUUCGACAUCGUCACUAUCAAACCGCUUCAGUUAUAAUCCCAUCAUUGAGAGUUUUAUUACACAAAUUGACUGAUGUUGUAAAGAACGACCCAUCAUCGCCCGAACAGUUGAUUGGACGCAAUGUAUUGAAUAAAUUGGAAACUGCUGCGAACUUCUCUCAGGAAAACAUGGUUCUUAAAACUGCCACGUUUCUGGAUCCUCGUUUUAAGGAGGAGUUCUUCUUCGAAUGUCAUAAGAGUUACAUGCUCAGCAAUUUCAAAGAUCAAAACAAUAAAGUGAUCAAAGAAGAAGUGCUGAUCUCUCCGAAAGAUGAGGAAAAUACCCGGGGAAUAUCACUUUUCGAUCGGUUCAUUCAAGAGAAGAGCAGCAGAUCGUCUUCCGAACCGAAAACUGAAUCUCUCGAAAAAGAAAUUGAAGAUUAUCUUCGAGAAGAAACCAAUUCUCAAACUGAUCCGACUGACUUCUGGAUGCAGAAUCCAUGCAAAUUUCCAAUCCUCAAGUCUCUGACAUCCCAAUACUUGGCGAUUCCCGCAUCUGCUUCUGGGGCCAAAAAGUUAUAUGAAGACGGAGAGAAAAUGGUUCCGACCGGCAUUAGUGACAAUAUUCGAGAUUGUUUUGUUUUUUGUUCAGCCAACAUUGAUAUCUAUGGAUAUUGA